CCGGCCGGGGGCGGUGUCUGUUGCUCCGCUGCACUGUGCGGUGCGGGCGGGGGAGCCGGGCGGUCGUGGCCGGCGGGACCAUGGAGCUCGGAUCGCCGCGCCGGCGUCGGUGGGACAGCGGAACGUUUUAAUUUUGAUUGCUGUUACUGCUGACAGUUGAGCAAAAGCGGUGAUGCUUCCUAAAUUUCUGCAACCCACAAGUCAACAAUUACCUGAUUGUCAGCCAUGCCUUUAGUGAAGAGGAACAUCGAGCCCCGGCACUUGUGCCGUGGAGCUCUGCCUGAAGGGAUCACCAGUGAACUUGAAUGUGUGACAAACAGUACUCUCGCUGCAAUCAUUCGCCAGCUAAGCAGUCUGAGCAAACAUGCUGAAGACAUAUUUGGUGAGUUGUUUAAUGAGGCUAACAACUUCUACAUCAGAGCAAAUUCUCUUCAAGACAGAAUCGAUCGCCUUGCUGUUAAAGUCACCCAGCUGGACUCCACAGUGGAAGAGGUGUCACUACAGGAUAUCAACAUGAAGAAAGCUUUCAAAAGUUCUACCAUCCAAGACCAGCAGGUGGUUUCAAAGAACAGCAUUCCCAAUCCUGUUGCUGACAUUUACAACCAGAGUGACAAACCACCACCUCUGAACACUCUGACACCUUACAGAGAUGAUAAGAAGGAUGGGCUGAAGUUCUAUACUGACCCCUCCUAUUUCUUUGACCUCUGGAAAGAGAAAAUGUUACAGGACACUGAAGACAAAAGGAAAGAGAAACGACGUCAAAAGGAGCAAAAGCGUAUAGAUGGCACCACCCGUGAGGUGAAAAAGGUUAGAAAAGCCAGAAACAGGCGCCAGGAGUGGAAUAUGAUGGCAUAUGACAAAGAGCUUAGACCCGACAACAGGUUAUCUCAGAGUGUGCACCAUGGAGCAUCUUCCGAGGGAUCUCUGUCCCCAGACACUAGGUCUCACACAUCAGAUGUUACGGAUUACUCUUAUCCUGCUACUCCCAACCAUUCUCUGCACCCACAGCCAGCAACUCCAUCCUAUGCAGCUGGUGAUACACCACUGCACGGAACCACAAACCAAGUCUCUGAGCAUGAGUACCGACCCUCUUCUGCCUCAGCAAGGCACAUGGCCCUAAACAGACCUCAGCAGCCACCACCCCCACCUCCUCCCCAGGCCACAGAGGGGUCCCAGGCCUCUGCGCCAAUGGCUCCAGCAGACUAUGGGAUGCUUCCAGCACAGAUAAUUGAAUAUUACAACCCUUCAGGACCGCCACCACCUCCCCCUCCACCCAUGAUUCCUUCAGCACAAACUGCCUUCGUUAGCCCUCUCCAGAUCCCCACACAGCCCCCAUUCCCCCCCUCAGCUGGCUCCAUAUUCUCCACCCCUCCUCACCAGCCCUCCGCUGGGCUCCUGGCUACAGCACCACCUCCUCCAGUCCCCCCUCCACCUCCACCAGGCCCUCCUGGUCCCACCUCUUCUCUCUCAUCCUCCCCAAUGCACGGUCCCCCUGCAGCUGAGGCAAAGCGCCCAGAGCCUGCACAGCCACCCAUAAGUGAUGCAAGAAGUGACCUACUUGCUGCCAUCCGGAUGGGAAUUCAGCUAAAGAAGGUGCAGGAGCAGCGUGAGCAGGAAGCCAAGCGGGAGCCUGUCGGGAACGACGUGGCCACAAUCCUGUCAAGACGCAUUGCUGUGGAGUACAGCGACUCAGAUGAUGACUCUGAGUUUGAUGAGAAUGACUGGUCCGACUGAGUUACACAGGCCAGGUGGCAGGUGGACAGCUAGGGCACCGUAUGGAAGUGUUAGGAGUUCAUGUGGUCUCUGCACCCACACAGUAGUAUAUUCCUGUAGCUUAGCACCUUUUGUAUUAACAGUGUGAUAUUGCUUCUGCACAUCCAAAAUUUCUGGAUUUUUUUCGGUAUUUACUGUGUAAUACUUAAGUGCCACUAAACAUAGCACAUCGCGCUGCACAUGAAGAAAUGUGCUGUAACUGUUGCAUUGUCCUGAAACAGCAUCUUGCUUCUCUCUGGGCUGUGAGAGUCUUCACUCUUGUUGAGCCAAUGAUUCAGUGGACUAGCCAUGUAUUUGUGAAGCUGCCUGGUGUCAGGACUUUGCAAGAUUAAUGACUGUGUCAGAGUGAUGUCUUCCAAUCAGUAAGUGAUAACUGCUUUACUAUUUGUUUCUUCCUUUCUUUUGGACAGUGUGUUUCAGAGCAAUUUGUUUCUAGAAAGGUCUAACAAAUCAGAAUUAGAUGUUUCCUCAUUUGGAUUCUUGGCUUGGUAGCCUCUGAUUGAAUUCAUAUGCUCUGUUCAUUUCAGUGCCUCUUUGCACUUGAAUUUGGAGAGGCCCUUUUCAAGCAGAGAUCCCUGUGAAAAUUGACUUGGUGAAUGCUCUCACUGGUGAUUUUUGCACAGGGUUGCAGCAGCUCAGUAGUAAUGCAAAUGAGAACAAGAUUCUUUACUCUGUGGUGGCCAAGGAGAUGGAACUCAUAAUUGGCCAGCCCUGACAGCUUGGGUAACACUUUAGACCAGGUGCAAGCUGUCCAGGGUCUGCGGGGCUUUCUGGGCAGAGCUGCCACAUCUGACCCCCCAGUGCAAAUGAGAAUGCCUCAUUUCAUUUCCUGGGAUUGCUGCUCCUUUGUUCUCCAUAGAGAGCAUAAUAUGACACCCUACUCCACUAGCUCUGGUUUAGGUAAAAGAUAGUCAGCUAUUCACGUUCCAAGGUGCUAUGGCUGGAUUAGUGGUCAGUCCCAUGAGCAGGGCUUUUGCCCUUCCCAGAAGCACAGUUCUCUUCAUGUUGUUGGCACAUUAAAUUCUAAUAAGUACCUCAUGAGAUGACCUUGAUUCAAUCCGUCACCAUAGCAAAGCACCCUAAAAGUUCCCCUGUGCCUGACCUGUCCCUUUUCCCACAUGGCGAUCCCACAGCCCUGACUUAGGUGGGGGCUGGGGACUCCAGGAGGACAGUGUCUACUUUGUUAUUAUGGAAGAACAGCUGAUCAUUUAGAAUAAGUAGUUGUGAUGUCCCCAGACUUAGGUUACAGACAGGACCUCACAGAUGUACUAGGAGACUGGCUUCUUGAGGAAUUCUUUCUUAGAUGCGCUAUUUCAGACUGACUGCAGAUCCUAGUGUCUCUCACUUUCGGUAAAAGGAGGAAUCUAGAGCUAGAGCAAAGUUGUGUGAGUUGAUGGAGAAUGUCCAUAGGAUAGUAACAAAUGAUUUUUGUUAAUUAGUUUUGGGGAUGUCAGCUAGCUGCCCACAUCACCCCAUGUGAAUGGGCUUCCAUCCAUUUGGGCAGCCAUCACAUAACACCUGCCAGUGCUGAGUUCCACUCACAGAUUUGACACUGAGCCUAUCACCGGCCCUUGCCUAAACCCUGCUUUGGCCAUGCACCUGCAUACUCACUGCUGCCUGGCUGCCUAGCACACGCUUCCAGUGCCCUCCCUGGAGCCUCUACCCACUUGGCCGUUACUAUGAUUUUUUUGCAUAUUAGUUGUUAUUAAUGUGCUUUUACAUUUCAUUUUUCUAUUUCUGUUUUUUUCCAACAUUGGGACCUACUAUGUUGAUAUUCUCUCCCAGCUUUGAACAUUUGGACUCCUUUUGCCCUUUUGUGUUAGGUGUGCUCUGUAUAAUUCUAGAACUCACAUUUGACAACACUUCUUUAUUUUGUAGGACCUUAAUCUCUCAGGGUGGAGGGGAAUACAUUAAAGCUACCAGCCAUGUCAGGAUUUCUUCUGUCGUAGCAUAAUACAAUUAGUGGCACUUUAUUCAUCAUUAUUCAUGAGCUUAUUAAUUGUUAGUUGUCCUGUAGUUUCAUUACCAUGUUGUUUUUUUAUUUUAUACCUAGCGAGAAAGCUUUUGCCCCACUGUGUUCUACAAUGUUUAACAGAAUCAAAAAUGGCUAAAAUCCAAUUUAGAUUAUUUCUAGAGUAUCUUUUCAAUAAAUUUGAUUUAGUCUAAAAUUUAAAUCCAAAUUGCUUCAAUAAGAUAUUGCAUAAAAAGAAUAAAGUGAAGAAUUUUACCUUUUUUUUCAUUUUCAAAAAGUAUUUACUAAAACAAAUGGAGACCAUAACUUAAUUUCUAUAAAUUGUAUGCUUUGAAUUAGUUAUAAAUUUUAAGAUUGUUUUAACUUAUCCCCAGUUUUAUUGCUCCCUAUAUAUUUUAGCUUGAGAAUCUGAUAAGCUUUUCCUCAUGGUAUAGGCUCAGGCAGGUGGGUGGGUGGAUGGAUGAGUGGGUGGAUGGAUCGGUGGGUGAAUGGAUGGAAAGAUGCCUGAGUCUACACAUCACUAUGCUGCAGAAGGCAAAUGACUUUGCACUGUUAACACCAAACCAUGAGAUUUGGUUACUUAUGUUUUUAUUUACUAAGGAUGCUAUUAAAAGAUUUAUGUCUUCAUUCCAGUACAUUUUUAACACAUCAGAAACCUUUAUGAGCAUAGAAUGCCUAGGGUUGUGAACAUUUUGUAAUAUUUGCCACUGAAAUACAUGAUACAUUUUAAUCCAUUAAGGACUGGUGGGAAUGUAUCAGCCAGAAUAGCAAGUAAUUUUUGUUUUAUGAAGCAGAGUAUCUGUUAUCUUUGCAGUAUUAUCAAUGCAGCUGUAAAUUGAAUUUAAAGUGGUAUUAAAAACUGUCAAACAAUUUUUAUCUGUUUCUAUAUCUUGUUAUAGAUUACAAGCAACAUCUAAAUAAAAUUAUACUUGUAACCCUACAGGGUGUUCUG